AUGGAGACAAAUCCCUCCUUAGUGGUAUCACAGUCUCACCCAGACUUGGUCAUCCAUGUAAAAGAAGUGACUCUUGGGGAAGAAAACCGAAAGAAAAUGAACUCAACAAAGAGAAAAGUGGAGAAGACAAGAAUUGCAAUGGUUGCCUGUGCUCUGUUAAACUCCGGAGGAGGAGUGCUUGAGAUACAAAUGGCCAAUAACAGUGAUCGUCCUGUGGAGAUGGGACUGGAUUUGGAAGAGUCCUUGAGAGAGCUUAUCCAGUCUUCUGAUCUUCAGGCUUUCUUUGAGACCCAGCAACGAGGGAACCAGUUUUACAUUUUUAUUAAAUCUUGGAGCUGCAGCCCUGAAGACAGUUCUGCUAAGCCUCGCAUUUGCAGCCAAAAUUCUUCCUUGUGCCGUAGGUCAGGAACAUCUGUGGUUACCAUGAAUUCAACAGAGGCAUUCAUAUUUCUAAAGAAUAAGAAGAAAGCCAAGUGUAGUCUGUCUGAUGAAGGAGCUUCCCCUUUUAAAAUUCCCAGAACUAUGCAUCAGAAUUGCCUUGAAUCAAAUCCUGCUUUUGAAAUUUUCCAAAGUGAGAAACUUGAAUAUGGUCAAAGCUUGCCUUUCCCUGAAUCUACAUCUAUAGAGUUUAAACAAUUCUCUACAAGACGUGCUCCAGACUAUAUAAGAAGUGUAAUUCCAGAGUAUGUCUGUGCGUUUGCAAACACCUGUGGAGGCUACCUUUUCAUUGGAGUGGAUGAUAAGAGCAAGGUCCAGGGAUGCCCAAAAGAAAAUGUUGACCGAAACACUUUGGAAACAUUGGCAAAGGAAGCAAUAUCCCAGCUGCCAGUUUUCCAUUUUUCUUCAUCUGAAGAAAAGGUGUCUCACAAGAUCAGAAUCAUAGAUGUGUUUCGAGAGGGGAAAUUGCAUGGUUAUCUCUGUGUGAUCAAAGUGGAACCUUUCUGCUGUGCAGUGUUCUCCAAACCUCCCACUUCAUGGAUGGUAGACAAGGAGAAAGGUAUCUACAGCCUGACCACCGAGGAAUGGGUAGGCAUGAUGGUGGAUGCUGGUCCAGAUCAUCUGCAACUAUGUGAAGAUUUUAAGAGUCAGCUGAGUCUCUCCAACAGCCCCCCACGCUGCAGACCAGUGUAUUCUAAGAAAGGACUGGAGCAUAAAGUCGAUCUCCAAAAGCGUUUAUUUCCAGUGUCACCAGGAUGUUUGACAUACACUCCUGAAUCUCUCUGGGGGGAGUUGUGCACAGAGAAUAAGGAACUAAAGGACUUAAUAACCCAGCAAAUGCACUCUGUCCACUGUGGUUUGCUGAUCCUCUCUAGGAGCUGGGCAGUGGACCUGGACUUGGAGGAGAAGGAGGGAGUCAUCUGUGAUGCUCUUCUGAUUGCAGAGAAGAGCUCCCCCACCCUCUACACCAUCCUUAAACAGCAGAAUGUGUGGGGACAGGACUACUGUACCCGCACCGCCUUUGCUCUCAAGCAGAAACUAGUGAACACCGGUGGCUACACUGGGAAGGUGUGUGUCAUGACCAAGGUUCUCUGCCUGAGUCCCAAGAGCAAAGUAGACACCAGUGAGGGGUCAGCCCCUUCUAUAGAUUACCCACUCUCCUAUAACCUUCCAAACACCCAGGAAGUGGAAACCUUGCUGCAGGCCCUUGUGAUUGUCUUGCUCAACUUCAGAUCUUUCUUGAGUGACCAGCUUGGCUGUGAAGUUUUGAAUCUUCUCACAGCCCAACAAUAUGAGAUGUUCUCAAAAAAUCUCCGCAAACACAGGGAACUGUUUGUGCAUGGCUUGCCAGGGUCAGGGAAGACAAUCAUGGCCAUGAAGAUCAUGGAAAAGAUCAGAAACACAUUCCACUGUGAAGCAAAUAGAAUUCUCUACAUCUGUGAAAAUCGACCUUUGAGGGACUUGAUCAGGGCAAAAAAUAUUUGCCAGGCAGUGACCCGGAAAUGUUUCAUGAAAUGUGAGUUUGAGACAAACAUGAUCCAACACAUCAUUGUUGAUGAAGCCCAGAAUUUCCGCACAGAAAAUGGGGACUGGUAUAAGAAGGCAAGAGACAUCACUCAGAGAGAUAACAAGAAUCUCGGAAUUUUCUGGAUCUUUCUGGACUAUUUUCAGACCAGCCACACACAUGAGAGUGGCCUCCCAUGUUUCUCACACCAAUAUCCAAAGGACGAGCUCACAAGAGUGGUACGCAAUGCAGAUAGAAUAGCCAUGUUCUUACAAAAGGAGUUACAGGAAAUCAGAAAUAACCCUCCACCCAGGAUCUCUGCUGAGUCUCUGGAGAUACUCAAUGAAUUUACGUGGGCUAAUGGCGUAUCAGGCAGCUUUAAUCUCAGACACUUCAGCUUGAAAGAAAUGGUGAGCUAUGUAGCAAAUAAAUGCAAUUGUUUCCUGAGGAAUGGCUACUCUUCCCAUGAUAUCGCUGUGCUUUUCAGCACAGAAGAGGAAAAGAGUAAACAUCAAGAUAAGUUCCUGAGCGAAAUGAGGAAGAGGAGAGUGUCUCAGAUGGAUGAUGCGUUCGUCUAUUCUACUGCAAUGUUUGACAGCAUCCGUCGAUUCUCAGGCCUGGAAAGAAGCAUCGUGUUUGGUAUUAAUCCCCAUGCAGUUGAGCUGGACAUUUCCAGCAACCUCUUGGUCUGCUUAGCUUCCAGAGCAAUGAAACAUCUGUAUAUUCUGAGGUUUCCUGAUCAUUCCACACCAUCAGUGUAG